ACUUGUACUCAUCUCAUCACUCCACUACAAACACUCACUUGUAGCUUCAAUUCCUCCCCCAACUCCUUUGGAGUUGCUUUUGUUUCGUACUUAACUAAAAUGGCUUCAAACCAUUCUUACUUCCUUCUCAUUUCUCUCCUUUUGAUUGCUACUACAACAGAUGCUUAUGAUUCACCUGCACCAGCUCCUAAGAGUUACCAGCCACCAACGCCUACUAUCCCAAAACCCCCAACUUCACCACCUGUGAGGUCCUAUACCCCACCACGAACGGCGCCUUCACCAGCACCGGUGGUGGCUCCAUACCCACCAAAAGCACCAACUCCUCCAGUGGUUGCACCACACCCACCAAAGGCGCCCGUGGUGGCACCAUACCCACCAAAGGCGCCUGUGGUGGCACCAUACCCACCAAAGGCACCUGUGGUGGCACCAUACCCGCCAAAGGCGCCCGUGGUAGCGCCAAACCCGCCAAAGGCUCCCGUGGUCGCACCAUACCCUCCAAAGGCGCCAGUGGUGGCACCAUACCCACCCAAGGCACCCGUGACUCCCUACCCACCAAAGAAACCUUCCCCGGCCCCUUACUAUGGCAGUCUACCCCCGGUUAAGAAAGAAGAAUGUGUGCCUCUAUGUGAGAAAAGGUGUUCAUUGCACUCAAGGAAGAGACUGUGUGUUCGUACAUGCUCAACCUGCUGUGCAAGAUGCAAAUGCGUACCACCAGGAACUUACGGCAACAAGGAAGUUUGUGGUCGGUGCUACACAGAUAUGACCACCCAUGGAGGCAAGCCUAAAUGCCCCUAGAUUAAGCCAAUGUACCACUGCGCUACUCGUAAUUGUUGUCAUAUUAUGUGUAGUAAACUAGAAGAAUCAAAUAAUUUACUGUUUAAGUGCAUGAUUUUCUAGAUAUAUUUGUUUGUUGCUAUUACUUGCAACUAUAGCAAUAUGGGUCUACCUUACCGUGAAGGCGUGAAACAUGAUUUUGUAUGUCGGUUGUUUUGCUAGAGAUUCGCAUGCGAUGAAUAUAUUGCUCUACUUUUUAUGUAACAAUAUGGAUCUAUUGUAGAAGUACUAUACUACUAUAUAAUGGAGUACUCCAGUAUUUGUUA